GGAGAGAGAGGGAGAGGCGUUCAUACUGAAGGAGGCAGAGGCAACAGCAACAGCACGCUCCUUCCCCAUCCUCCCUCUCCUCUCUCAUAAUCCCACAUCCACGCCGGUGGAGAUGGAGGGUGCCCUGACUGGCUGAGAAGCACUGUCUGAAGGAGAGGAAAAUCUCAAACCAGCCCUCCCCUCCCUCUCUCCCCUGUUGUGAAUGCCCGGGUAAUUUUUUUUGGGAGGGGGGACCAUAACUAACAAGGGGUGAAAGGAGGUGUGUACACACGAGCCUGCUGGAGGGAGAAGGGGGAGAGACAGAGAGAGAGGAGGGGGACGAGCAGCAGGUUUAGUGCAGCUGCUAAUGCCAGAGUCUGGGAGUGAGACAGACUGAGGGGGACCUGAGGAGUGGAGGAGGGCCGGCACGUGUGGAGCGGGGGUCUGCAACUUGUGGGCAAAGCGGAGGGAGAAAACGAUUCGCAUUCGCACACAGCUGGACAGAUGAGGAGGCUUCAAGGACCACGCUUCAGUCCUGGGUGUAUGGUGUACUGACCCUGCCUGCCACAGGCGAGGAGUCAGAGGACCAGGGCCAUGAUUGGCUCCCCUGGCCCUGGUGGGCGUGCCUUAGUGCCAUGGCCGAGGGUGUGGCGGUGGGUCCUGGCUGUUUCUCUGGUUGUCAUGAUAAACUUGAUGCUGCCAGGAAGUAGCCAGGCCUGUCCGCCACGGUGCGAUUGCUCGGCUCAGCUGAGGUCGGUGUCGUGCCAACGGCGGCGGCUCACCAACAUCCCAGAGGGCAUUCCCACCGAGACACAGCUCCUGGACCUCAGCAAGAACCGGCUCCACUGGGUGCAUGCAGGCGACCUGGCACCUUACCCACGGCUGGAGGAAGUGGAUCUCAGCGAGAACCUCAUUGCCACAUUAGAGCCCAAUGCCUUCGCCACCCUCCAGAGUCUUAAAGUGCUGAAGUUAAGGGGAAACCAGCUGAAGUUAGUGCCCAUGGGGGCCUUCGCCAAGCUGGGCAAUCUGACCAGCCUGGACCUGAGCGAGAACAAGAUGGUGAUUUUACUGGACUACACCUUCCAGGAUCUGAGAAAUCUGAAACAUCUGGAGGUUGGAGACAACGACCUGGUUUACAUAUCCCACAAGGCUUUCUCAGGGCUGCUGGGGCUGGAGGAUCUCACAAUAGAGCGCUGCAACCUGACAUCCAUCUCUGGUCAGACACUGUCCUAUCUCCGCAGCCUGGUCACUCUUCGCCUACACCACCUCAGCGUCACUGCCCUGGAGGACCAGAACUUCCGCAAGCUCUCCAACCUGCGGGGUCUGGACAUCGAUCACUGGCCGUACCUGGAAUACAUCUCCCCUCUGAGUUUCCAGGGUUUGGACCUCCACUGGCUCUCCAUCACUAACACCAACAUCACCUCUGUCCCCUCCGCCUCCUUCAAGAACCUGGUGCACCUCACCCACCUCAACCUGUCCUACAACCCCAUCCCCUCACUAGAGCCCUGGGCCUUCAAGGACCUACUGAGGCUGAAGGAGCUCAUCAUGGUAAACACAGGGUUGGUGACAGUGGAGCCCCAUGCCUUUGGAGGCCUCCGACAGAUCCGGGUCCUCAACUUCUCUUCCAACGACCUGCAGACCCUGGAGGAGGGCUCCUUCCACUCUGUCAACAGUCUGGAGACCCUCAGAGUGGAUGGGAACCCCCUGAUGUGUGACUGCCGUCUGUUGUGGAUCCUGCAAAGACGCAAGACCCUCAACUUUGACGGCAGAGUGCCGGUGUGUGCGGGGCCGGUGGAGGUGCAAGGGGUCAGCCUCAGCACCUUCACCGAUUCUGCACUCUUCGAUCACUUUACAUGCCAGAAACCUAAGAUUCGCAACCGUAAGAUGCAGCAGGUAACGGCUCGUGAAGGCCAGCCUGUGAAUUUUCUGUGUCGAGCCGAAGGAGAACCUGCACCUGCUAUUGUCUGGAUUUCCCCACAGCGCAGACGGAUCACAACUAAGAGUUCAGGGCGUAUCAUUGUCCUCCCAAGUGGCACCCUGGAGAUCCGCUACGCCCAACUCACUGACAGCGGAACCUACAUCUGCAUUGCCAGCAAUGCCGGUGGCAAUGACACCUACUUCGCUACGCUCACAGUGCGUGGCCAGCCGCUGGACGCCGCCUCAGCCUUCUUUCUCAACCGCUCGCUGUACAGCGGUGAGUUCUUGAACGACACAAAUCUGAACAACACACGGGUAUUCCUCAAGUUCACCUUGGACCUGACCACCAUCUUGGUCUCCACGGCGAUGGGCUGCAUCACCUUUCUGGGGGUGGUCCUCUUCUGUUUCCUGCUGUUGUUCGUGUGGAGCCGGGGACGCGGCCAACGCAAGAACAACUUCACAGUGGAGUACUCUUUCCGGAAAUCUGAACCCGCCACCGGGCCCACCUCGGGAGGGAUGAGGAAAUUCAACAUGAAAAUGAUAUGAAACAACGCAGCCAGGGUUCCCUCGGGGGAGGCAUGAGCACGUCCCAAAAACGUGUUUGACACACGCAAACGCACACAGCCACUGACUCGCAAAGAAGUUUAAAAGCACAAUCCAACUUCCCGUCCAUGGCUCCAUUCAAAAUUUGAGUGCCCGCAUAAAAAACGGAGCCAUGAAGUGAUUUGGUUUGAUCUGUGAGUGAAAACAAAAUGAUCCUGAUCUCCCUGUCUCUCUGUGGUUUUAUUCAGCAUGUGGUGAGAAACAUGUUUGAGUGGUAUUGUAAGGAACUAGAGUGUUGAAAGAUUUGAAAGAGCUGCUUGUUGUCCAUGCUUGAUAAGAAUAAUAACAUUAAGCAUUAUAGGAGAUAGGUUGUGAACUGGUUUGAUUACUGAGCUGUGGAAAACUGGUGGUCCUGUCUUUCAGUUAUAUUAAUGAAGAAAUAAAAAAGCAAUUCUUUUGAAUCAAACAUUUUCUCUAUUGUGUUGUGUGCAGAUUUUAGUGUGAUGCACGGAGACCUGGUCACCAUCCACAUGUAGAGUUUGUAACUAUGCUCUUGUUAAGAGUCGUGCAUGUAGAGUUUCAUUCGAGAGUUAAGUUGUAAAUUGAUAUCGCUAAACAAAACACAUGGUUUUUAAAUAAAUUCAGUCAAACAACCAGCUUUAUCGAUUCUGACCACAUCUGAGCAGUGAGGAGGAUGAUAUUGGGUCAAACACUGUAUUAACAUUAUCAUGUGUCAAUUGUUUCAAUGAACAAAGGCUCAGGGGAUGUAGACGAUUAUCUGAGUGUAAUAUCUUGUAAGAAGGAAUGGAUUGGGAUCAUUCACCUAAAUGACAAUCCGUCAAAAUAUUGGCCUUUUCUUUGCGAGAUUAUUCAACAACAUUUGCUGUGUGAGUUUGGGACGAGCGCACUAGCCAUGAGCUGCUGUGGCUGCCCGUGGCCCGGAGGGUUUGGUAAGGAAGUCAAGACCGACGUGCACGGGCUGCUACAGUAGCCAUAGCAACCAAUACAAUAGAGAGCAGGGGAGGGACAGGGCAUGGUGGCCAUAGGAGGGUUGCUCGUGGAAAGGGGGAGGGAAGAAAAAGAAGUCAGUGUGACCUCUGCUUCCCCUCCCUUAGAUCACAAGCCCCGAUCGUGCUCUUUCAUCAACAGGAGAGGGACGACCCACCGGCCUCCGCUCCCCUGUCCCUGCCCUCUGCUGUGUUGGUGGGCAUCUGACCUUCCCAGUGCUGCCAGGGGGGAGCAGCCUGGAGAGUCGGGUCACACUCAGAGGCAGAUAGAGGACACACAGCAACACUAUGGAGGUGUUCACCUACACACUCAUCCAAGCAGUGGAACCCACACAUAGCAACACAUGUAUAGCACCUUUUCUCAGGAAAAGUGAAAUAACUAGCCAACAGAGCGCGUGUGACAACACAUGCUGUGUUAAAGUAUUACAUUCCAGCAAUACUGUUUGUAGAACCAUGAAGCCAAAUCAGAGAGAACUGAGGUAAAUCUGUGAGUGAAGAAACAAAGCCAUAGGAUCUGUAUGUUUAUUUUUAUACUAGUGUGUGUAUGAUUUAGUUAUAUGAAAUAAUAUUACUGCCACUGCCAUCUUACAAGCUGUCGCGAUGAUCAAAAGGCCAUCUGCUGUCACCGGGCCUGCGCAGCGUUGUACCUCGUAACACACACGCUCACACAAAACCAACAUAAAGGUUGUUUGAAUUGGAGGAAACAACAAUCACCGUCACACAUGAAUAAACAUACAAAUUGACAACACGCCGCAGCCCCAUCGCCGAGUGUGCCGCCAACUGAUCUCUGUCUGCCUCUGAGACGGCAAAUGCGCAAAAUGUCUCUGCCCCCCUAGCCCAGUGCAUUCCCCCCUCCUCACCCACACCCCUAAACCCCCAACCACCACACACCCCCCACUGGGUCCUCCUUUGGGAGGGGUCCCUGGCUGGAGAUCGAGGAUUCAAAUGUAAAUGAAGUCGUGUUAACCCUACCCACGCCAUGUGCAUCGUAUAGUGGAGAGUAGUACUGUGGUUUUAAAACGCAACAACAACAAAAAGACAAAAAAGAUUCUUUGAAGUGAUCCUUUGUUUCCUGUUAGUCCUCCAUUUUUAUUUUCCUCAGUUGUUGUUCUCCGUGGCCUUUUGGCUGUCGACCCCUUUAAGGCUCCUUGUCCUCCGUGAGGGACUGUUCUGUUCUCAAGACCAAAUCAUUUGAGUCCACUUGACCCCCCGAUCAACUGAAACUAGGAAGAGCUAUAGCAAGAUCAAGGAACAUCUGACAGACAUUUCCCAGCUCGUCUUUAGUCGGUUAUUUCCUACGUUUAACGGCGCCACCAGUUUAAAGUCACUUGAGAGCUUCUCAGGAACUAAGGAAGGAUUUCCCACACUAAGCUUAUUCCUUGUUUAGACUGAAGAUUAAGACAAACCUUACCUCACCUGGCACAUAAGGCUUUUGCACACUAGAUGCAUUUUUGUCUCGCGAUUAAUUUGCACAUUAUAAGCAAACCUGUCAAUGCAGCCUUUUAAAUCCGUGAGAUUAUUUCGCGAAGCUAUUUUGCGAACCAACCAAUCAGAAUGCAUAUUGUUGAUAAUGUCACAUUUUGAAGCAGUAACAGUACUCCUCUGAUUUAUUUAAUAUGUUUGUCUUUAAAAGGAUACUUACUUGCGAGUGACCCAACUCCUGUCAGAGAUAAUAAAUCAACCACUUGAGCUGAAUGAACAGCCGAGACUGACGGGACCUUCUUCAAAUCCUUCUUAUCCAAUACUUAAGAUAAAACUACGGUGCCAGCUGUUGCAGCAGUUCUUCGAUGUCCGACAGACAUCCUGUAAUACGGACAUCCUGAAAAAAAAUAAAAUUAAACGCACCAGAUUAUCAUGAUGAUCCCUUUUAUUUUUAAAUUCUCAUGAUGUAUUCAUUGCGGUUGAAGUGAAUUGACACGCGAGUCAAAAUUCGCAUUCGCUAUUUUGUGACAUUUAUUUGUCUUGCCGUUCAUGUACAAAGGCCAUUAAUCAAAAUGUUAUUUAAGAUUGAUGUAAACUUCAGAUUCAAAAUUGCAUUCCUCCAAUUCUAUAAUAUUUUUUAAAUAACAUUAAAUGGCUAAAUGGCAAUAGAAGAAAGACUCUUAUUGUUCAUUAUAGGGAUUUCUAAUAGUCUUGUUUCACUUUAAAGGAUCAGACUAUUAAAAAGUUGAUCCACUGAUCUAAAGCACACGUCCAACACAGUUUAAGCGGGUUGGGAUUAAUUUGGCCCAUGUAUAAGUGAAACUCAAAUCUUAAAACUUUUUGCAAAAUAGAUCCGGCAAUCUCCAUUUUUGUCCCUGGUGAAGAAUGAUGAAACCUCGACUUCUGUGUCCGGAUGAAUAACUGAACACUCGUUAAAAAUUCAUGAGGCCAAAUGAGAAUAGAUGAAUACAUUGGCCUGGUUUAUUUUUUUUAACAACGCUUUUAACAUUGUCGACGGCCGGUUUUCGGCUCGCCCGGUGUUGAGAACAGGACGCUGCCCUCACAGACGUUUCCCCUCCCUGAGCCAACCCCCUGUUUUAUGUUUCCAUUCCCUGGUAUUUCUCAGUGGAACGUAGGUUUAGAAGACAAUGAGAAUGUCUGUAGUGAUUGUUGAUGGUGUUAUUGUGUAGGCAUCAAUCACAAAUGUAAGCUUAGAUGAGGGUGUGUUUCAUUUUAUGAUCUUGUCCUUCUCCCUCCUUCCUCCUCCCCUCUUUAAUGUUUCCCGUCUUCCCCCGCAUUUCUUCCCGACCCCUCGUUGUCCCUGUUCACAGUAUUAGGCUGGAGUAUGGUUGUGUGGUAGUAGACACGUGUUCUGUGUGGUCGGUGAGUCGGUGUUGUCGUGCUGUGAUUUGUUGCUCCCCGUGGUGCCAUCGAACAUGGAGCAUCGGUUGGAUCGGUGGAGACAAAAGAUGAAAGGGGUGACCCAGGUUCCUAAAAAAAAAAAAAAAAAGAUAAAAAAAGAAUGAACAUUGAUUCCCAUUUCACACCCUGCCCAUUCCUACAGACCAUUUCUGGAACUUUCCCGCUCUGCACAGUGCCACUCGGGGACCUUUCUCUGGAUAUGAAAACCCAUGGACUGUAAAUGUAUGUAUUUUCUCUGCUGACAUCUUGUCACUUUAACUGUCACAUGUAGAAAGGGGGUCUUCAGUUGGGUUGCUGUGGGGCCUCAGUCACUUCCUGCACUUGUUAAGAGAGCAGACUAUUCACACAAACCUUUGGUCAGGGUUGGAAAUGAGCACUUUUUAUAAUUUGAGGCUCCACAAGUCCUUGAAAGUGGAAGGCACUCAUUUCCCUUCCUACUAAAUGCUCCUGCUACUUAAAUUAUUUUUCAAGUUUUUGGAUUACGUUAGUCAUUUAAUUGAUUCAGCAAGGUCGAUUCUUCAGCAGUUCUCCUCAGAAGAAAAAAAUGCCAGUGUGCGUGGCUUUUGCAGCAAAGCAGACUCUUUGGUGUUUGUAGUUGCCGGCGAAAAAGCUCGAGCCUGAUUCUUCUCCUGCGUCGUGAUUCUUGAGAAAGUAGGCUGAGCAAUCCCCCCGCUACCUCCUGUGGUUCGACCUUGCCUCGGGUUGGUGUAGCGUAGUCUAGACGCCCCAUAUACAGCAGCAGCGGUACUAUUAGGGAUGCCUUCCAGGGGGGGGGGGACGCUUCAGAUAUGCAGACCAAAAUAAGACAAACCCUCAGACGCUGACAACCAGAGCGUCCUUACCAGCCAAACAUGUAUGAUUCAUCAGUUUUUGAAUGGUACAUUUUUAAGGGGGCUUUGUAAAAAUGUUAGCCUCACCCUUAAGACGGCAUCUCUACAGCCUUCUGUCAUUCCUGACUCCAUAUUAGCUCUAAAUGAAUCCAUCUCUUACUCCGGAUCCUACAGCUGCUGUUGUGAUUGGAUUAGACUUGAGAUGAAUUAUCCGAGCUGAGAGGAGCAUUAAUGGGAUGACGGAGGAGUGUGCUCAGCUGACUGGGUGAUUACUUGGCUUGUUAGGCUCAUUUCCAUAGCAUACCUCUUUUUUUUUAAAAAGGGUGUCGCACAAACACUGGAGGCUGAAUCCAUGCUGGUAUCUCAGCUCUUUCACAUCUGUUGAGUAGAAAUAUGUAAAUACGACAUGUCACGUAUGACCCGACAUGUAGCGGAGCACUGCUGAAGGAUUCUUUUAUCUAGAGCACCUUGGACAGUGACCGCUCCAUCUUAACCUUGACCAGAGCAAGUGCGAGUGCCCACCCCCCCCUUUCUACGUGGCAAUACUGACCCCCAGUGGUCAAAGGGAGCAACGGGCAAAAACUUGGGACCAUACUGUUGCAGCUGAUGUACCAGUAUUGUAUGUGGAAGGAAAAUAAACCAACAGCUCUGGGUCUCAUACAGUGAAACACUUUAAGAGAGCGAAUUGACUGUUAGUUUCACGGGUCAGUACUUCGCUGAUUGUGUUAUAGCCAUAAAGUGACGAUCUCCUCUGCGCUCUGGGUGUCUCGGAGCAAAGCCUUGCUCUCGGGCCGCCUGUGUGGGCAGAGGCAUUAUCGGGACAGGCCUCCCCGUCUGGUCAAGAGCAACAAACCUGGCCUGGUUCUAGACAAAUGCUUGACAAAUGAUCCCCCCCCCCCUUCUGACUAAAAUAUCACUGCAUCAUUGUUUCUCUGUACAGGACCGAGAGCUGGUCGCCAACUGACCGGUUCUUUCUCUCUGGUGGUCUUAGCAGGUUUAAUCUAUGCAUGCCUUUUGUAAACAGUGAUUGGUCUUGCCAAACUCUCACCUGCACUUGUACGGAGAGCGAUGGGUGCCAUUGUCGCUGGCCAUGGGACUGGUGGAAAAAGAGCAUGUGAGGCCAUCCAAAUGUGUUGCACCUGCGUUCACCAAUACUUAAAUGAGCGUUCAUCUCACGAGAGAAACUUUUUUCUUUCUUCACUUGGGAUGAUUGAACAGACACACACACACACACACACACACACACACACACACACACACACACACACACACACACACACACACACACACACACACACACACAGAGGAUCCGUUCAAAUAUGUAAACUGUAGAUAAAGCGAUUGAUAUUCCAAGCAGGACGGUGGGACUGAUCAAUGCAGUAUGGGGGAUAGGAUUAUUAAUGGCAUACUUGCAUUGAUCUAUCUUGAACCUCGUCACUGACCCAGAAUCCAUCUGGAGUAGGAGGAGGUGUACAGAGCUCUCCCAGACCUGGUUGGCACUCAUUCCUAGGUUUCCAUUAUACCGUUUCAAGACAAUUUUCCUCCUUUAAGAACGAGAUGGUGCCGGAUUCCGACUUUAUUCUCCAGGUCUGAGCCGACGUGACGCUCUCUCGCCUCCCCUACUCCUCAGAGGAAAGUGUCUUUGGUUUAGCUCUGUAUUUGUUGGAGCCCCCUAAUGGAAAACACUGAAGUGUAUCUCUCAAAUUCGGAUGGGGUCCACUUAUCCUCUCCCUCUCUCCCUCUCUCCCUCUCUGCCUCUCUCUCUCUCUCUCUCUCUCUCUCUCUCUCUCUCUCUCUCUCUCUCUUUUUUUUUCUCUCUAUCAGCCUGGCACCGACCUCGUUAUACAUUUCAGAAAAUGUUUCAUCGAUCACUUUAUUUUUGCACUUGUGCAUAUUUUACGCGUCCGUUACUGACUUCUGAAACCUAGGAAUGGGUGCUGAGCGCUCCAAUUAAAUACAGAGCUAAUAUAUGCAGAAACGUUGUAAAUGUCACAAUAGUGACUGUUAUACAGCAAGAAACAAAUUUGGACUCUCCUCCUCUCUGGCUUCACGCACAUCUCACUGCACCUCAGUUGUCACAUUUCUAUUCUGGAUGUGUUGAUCCUUGGACGGGAAGAAACAGAAAGUGUACAUAUUAGGUAUAUUAGCCAUAUCACGUCAUCCAAUCUGUAGACCUCCUUGCCAUGUCUGACAGAGGAAAAUGACUGUUGAACUGUAAAUAGUGUAGGUAUAGAAAUAUAUAGGAUUUAACAUGCUGCUUCUUUUCUCCAGGGAUCACCCACAUUGUGCUCAGUCCCAUGGCUGCUUGGUCUCAAAGGGAAGGAUAGGACAAUAAUGUACUUGUCUAUAAAAGACACACACGAGUUCUUUUUUUUAUUUCAAUGUGUGUUUUAUAUACCGUCUGUCUUGUAAAUUAACUCCUUUUUCGUCAUAAAAGCAUGAUGUGACUCUGUCA